UGUUUGCCCCGUAAAUCUGAUCUGGGGUCUGGCCUCCAUCCUGCUUCGGGAAACAUUGGAGACCUUCCCUGUUGCGCUCCCUCCCCGUUUUCUAUCGCUCAGAAACGGCGCAGCGGGACCCCGGUGCGAGGACUCCGCCGCGCCGCGCCUCACCCCUGCGGCACAGUCCACGGCCACGGACGUCGCGGCCGGAGCUGCGCGGGGAUUUACCACGGGGACGGUCCGAGGAACAAAGGGGAGGGUCGCUGUGGGCCGCUGGGCUCGGAGAUGAGCUAGUGCUCUCGCCCAGCUCCCCAUCCUUCUCCGCGCUCGGCACUUUUUCUCGCCGGAUGAUGUAACUGUUUCAUCUGGGUGAGCUCGGACGUGUCCUCGCCGCUCACGCGCUGCUCGCAUUUUCCGUCCGUUAUCGGAGAGAUCCGCCGCGACCGAGACGCGUCCGCCGGUUCCAGGGGCCCGUGUGCGGCUUUCGGUGACGGGAGCUUCCGCGGUGGUCAACUGGCUGAUCUUCAGAGAACUAAGUGUUGAGGCAAACUGACCUUAAGGGGGUGAUUGCAGGAGAAGGUGCAGUCAUGUGGCAGAGAAUUCCGAUUUGCUGCGCGCUGCUUGCACUGUGUUCGGCAGCACCGCCUGCACACAUCAACCGCCUGGCACUGUUCCCUGACAAGAGCGCCUGGUGCGAGGCCAAGAACAUCACACAGAUAGUCGGGCACACGGGAUGUCAGCCUCGCUCCAUUCAAAACAGAGCGUGCCUGGGCCAGUGUUUCAGUUACAGCGUCCCCAACACGUUCCCACAGUCCACCGAGUCUCUGGUGCACUGUGACUCCUGCAUGCCGGCCCAGACGCAGUGGGAAGUGGUGACUCUGGAGUGCCCGGGCAGUGAAGACUCUCCACACGUGGACAAGCUGGUGGAGAGGAUCUUCCACUGCAGCUGCCAGUCCUGCAGUAAGGAAGGUGGCCAGGAGGGGGCAGUGAUGCAGCUGUAUCCAGCGGACAGCGGCCUGGACGCUCCGUCCUUACCCGACACCCUGACUGGGGCCCAGUCCCACCCUCCGCCCCAUUCAGAUACACACUCUACUAAGCAGGCUCUCCCACACAUAGACCACCACACACUGCCUCACACAUCAGACGGAGGGUAGCUUUGUCACUGCACCACCCUCGGACGUCCUCUGGCCUCUUUAUUCUCCUCCACACUGCAUCAUUUGUAGUAUUGUAAAGGCACUUUGACUUCACUUUAUGUUAAGACGCUUCUCUAAAGGCGCACACACUCUCACAAAGUCAGACAUGUACAAACACAGUAAUGUAUGCACUCUUUUACUUUGAUUUACACAUGUAUGUGUGCAUCCAGACACGACUAUAGUCUGUUAAUAAACUGCAGUGUCAUUACAUUUAAUCUGCUUUCAAUGCAAUAAAUCCUGUUGUUGUGAUAAA